CGGUGGAGCCCACCGAACCUUGCCCAAGACCGGGGGCUCGAGAGAGCAAAGAGCGAGAUUGAGCGUGAGAAUUACCAAGACAACCCGCCGGAAGAGGUUGGAAUAGAUGCCGCUCAGUUUUAUCGCCGUUGCUGGGCUGCGGUUGCCUCUCACAACCCCGAGGCCAAGAGGCCCGAGGCAGGGAACUGCCAGCAUCCGCCAAAGUACUCACCUCAUGGAACUGAUGGGCUUUUUCCCACCCCGGUUGCUCCAUUUGCCCCCAUUUAUACAUCGGAGGCUGCUCUGAUUCGCCCCAUGCACUCGGGCUCUGAACCAUCACCAACAGCGCGC